AUGUCGCGCGCGUCGCUCGCGCUCGGCGACGCGCGCGCGCUUCGUCCGCGCCCGGCCUCGUCCGCGUCUCGCCGUCGCGCGCGGACGCCCACGCGCGCGUUUUUCAAUGGAAAGGGCGCGGAUAAGACGGCGCGAGACGCGAUCGACCUGAGCAAGCGAAAGAUAUCGAGCGAGACGGACGAUAAAGGCGCCGCGGUCACCGUGUCCUUUCUCGGCGCGAACGACUCGCGCGUGGACGUGACGUGCGGGAGUAAUCAGUACAUCCUCGACGCCGGGCUGGAGGCUGGGAUUGAGAUUCCGUUUACGUGCCGCGGGGGCAUUUGCGGCGCGUGCGUCGCGCGAUGCGCCAAGGGAACGAUCGAUCAGAGCGAUAUCGCCGAUUUAGAGUUCACGCUGAGCGAGGAGGAGUUGAAGAGUGGGAUGGUGUUGUUGUGCAUGGCGCGACCGGUCGGGGACGUGGAGAUCGAGACGCAGAGCGAUUGGGGGUACUCGCUCGGCGUGUGCGAGUGGCGCGGCGCGACGGGGGAAAUCUUAGGCCGCGAUCCCACGCCCUUGAUGGGCGACACCGAUCGCAUCGGUUUGUAA